AUGUGGCUUCCAUAUCAUUCAAUCCUUCUCGUCUUGCUAAGCCAGCUCACCAUCGACAUCUACGCGACCAUCGGUGACUCCAUAUCACUCCUUCGGCUUCCAAAUAAAAUCGAGGGGAACUUCUCGCAGGAUGUGAAUAAAUUUUGGAGCAAGCGCUUCCUCAAGCCCCCGCUUCUAUCUAUGCAUCCGGAGGAAGCAGCAAUUUCCUAUUUCAAAAAAAAAAUGGGCAAAAUAGAUGAAUAUAAUGUUGGCAAUCGUCGCGAACAGCGACUUAACCUUGUGAAUCAAGCGGUCGAUCAUCUUCUGCGCCAAGAAUCCAUCUCUCGCGAACAUCUGAGGGAAUGGUGCAAGGUCCUCACUCAAACAAUGGCGAACCAUUGCGCAUCGCAUUACAUUCAUGUUGAAAUUCUCUAUGCUUUUCACACACUUUGGCUACAAAAAUACGAGGAUAAGCAACUCACACAGGAAAUCAGGCAAAUGAUGAAGGACACGGUGCCGAAGUUAGAACAGCCGAUCUACAUGUCUAUAUGGGCCCAGGAGCUGCACCGCCCCUAUGAGGGACUAUCCAUCAAUUUUUGCUCAUGGGGAGAAGAAAAAUGGUUCUGUGAACCAAGGUUGAAAGAUCUAGCAGCGGCGAUGAGCCAAUUUGAGCGGAAUUAUGUCAUCAAAAACCUGGCCAGAGUCUUUUACGAAAUAUUCUGGCUUCCACCUCCAAAAAACAUCUCUGCUCAGACUCGAGUAGCCUCGUUGGCUUUACUCUUCCAUUUGCUACUCGUGGACAGGGAUUGGAGACUUGACGGGCUACCUUUUGAACUCGGCAGGUUACUCAUAAACCUUUCAGACCAACGAUUUUUCUUAUUCAAGCAUGAACUUGAUCUACUAAACUGGAUUUUGGUUGACCAUGAGGCACGUGAAGGCUCAAUACAAAACUCUCUUCACACCGCCAUUCCCUCCUUGGAUCCCCUUGAGGAUAAGCCAAUCAAGCCGUUGAUCGUUCGCGAAGGGUAUGUUGUUGAUGAAUUCGACAUUUCGGACUCAAGCGAUGUCGAUGAUGCUUCUGAAGAGGCUCAGGAUCGAAAGGAUAGCGCAGGCGAAUCGGAUUCCAGCGAUGGCGAAGAAGAUUUGUCGGACUCAAGAGCCCACCCCGCUGAGGCGUUCUCCAGCAUCCAAACCCGCAAGUUGUUGGGGGAGGAACUCGGUCUGAGCGUGGCAGAAGCCGAGGCCAUCAACAAGCUCACCGGCACCUUUGGCAACAACAAUGAGGAGGCCGUCCUGCACAAAGUUUCCCACCCAUUCAAUGCCUCCGCGCCCCCCAUGCUCGCCCCCGCAUCCGUGUUGCUCAACAAUCCACCGGCCUCAGCCUGGGCUAUUGUCAUCCCUCAAAACCUUGCCAAAGUCAACAACUUCAGCAGCAUGCGCGUGCUUGGAAGGCAAUGCACCGGGGAGGUGAUCAUAGUCUGCUACCACAGGGCUAUGGGCAACAGCCAUGCCAACCAGGUAUAUGGCAUGAAAAUCAUCAAAUGA